UACACAUUUCCGCAGGUGCAAGUUCACAUUAUUGAUGUGGUAUGACUAGCAUUGGUAAAGUUCAAAGAUAGAGGCAAUGCCGCCGUCUGUCUUCGAGAUUGUAGAAAAGGAAAGUGGAACAAUUGGAUAAGACGAGACAAUGGACGGAGGGCAGGUUUUCCACCAGAUUGAGUUUGACGAUCUUCUGUUCUUUGAGCGCUGUGGAGGAGGUGCAUUUGGCAGCGUCUAUAGAGCGCUGUGGAAGUCUAGAGAUAAGGAAGUCGCCAUCAAAAAGCUGCUGAUGCUGGAGAAGGAGGCCCAAGUGCUAAGUGUCCUGAGCCACAGAAAUAUAAUCCAGUUUUACGGGGCGGUGACGGAGGAGCCAAAUUACUGUCUGGUUACAGAGUUUGCAGCAAAUGGUUCCUUAUAUGCUCUUUUGCAAAACCCUGCAGCUGUCCUGGACUUCCAGUGCAUUCUACAAUGGGCAAAAGAAAUCGCUUUAGGAAUGAACUACCUUCAUGAAGAAGCCCCUGUUACAGUCAUACACAGAGAUCUCAAAUCAAAGAAUGUGGUCAUCACAGAAGAUUGGACAUGCAAGAUCUGUGACUUUGGUGCUUCACGCUUUAUGGGCAGCACAACCAAAAUGUCGUUGGCCGGCACGUUCCCAUGGAUGGCUCCAGAGGUGAUUCAGAGUUUACCAGUUUCAGAAGCUUGUGACACCUGGUCAUACGGAGUGGUAUUAUGGGAACUACUGACACAUGAAGUGCCCUUUAAAGACAUUGAAGGCUUCCAGGUGGCCUGGCUGGUAGUGGAGAAAGGGGAGAGACUGACCAUCCCCAGCACCUGUCCUGACAGCUUUGCUGACCUGAUGAGGAACUGCUGGAAGACUGAACCUAAAGAACGUCCCUCCUUCAGGCAGAUACUUACCUGUGUGGAGAAGAUGUUUUCUGACGUCAGCCUACCCGACCUGACCAAUUCCUUCCUGGAGCACAAGGAGAUCUGGAAGAAAGAAAUUCAGCUGACACUGGAUCGCCUGAAGAAAGCUGAAAGAGACCUGAGUGCAAAAGAAAGAGAACUUCGUGAGAGAGAAGUGAAACUACAGCAACGAGAGGAAAACCUUGAACAGCAGUUUAAAGUUGUCAAGCUGGACUCAUAUGAUGUGCAGACAUGGAGGGAGGUAGAUGUGUGCCAGUGGAUUUUGCAGUUAGCUAAUGAUCAUCCUGACCUGGCCGAGUAUGCUGAACUGUUCAUGAAGAACAACAUCAACGGGAAGCGCUUGUUACGUAUGACCCAGGCUGACCUCAAAGACAUGGGCAUUUCAUCUGUCGGGCACAUCCUUGAUCUCUUUACCGAAAUUGAACUGCUCAAAGCACACAAUUACAGGCUGUUGAAUUUUCCACCUCUAUCAGUGAUCUCCACACCGUCCAAAGUCCAGCAGAUGAACUCCUAUCAGUGCGUGAAAGUCACUCUCAUGUUUGGUCACCACAUUAGGCUGGGUGCCUCACCGCAGGAACACAAGUGGAAGAUGUAUUUGGAGCUGGAUGAAGAUAGUGAAAGUGAAACUAACCCACUGAUGUGCAUCAGAGAUGUGACUUUCACUCGUAGAUCUCCUCCUCAUGACAGCUUUAAGGUUUCUCAUCCACCUUACAUUAUGGAGAAGUGGUGUGUAGGGAUUGGUCCUGACAUGGUGAUAGACUGUACCGUCUCGUACGAGACUGACAAAGUGAAGAAACCCAAGUCCACAAAAUAUAGCCACAAGAUUGACCCAUCAGGCCAGUCAUCCACUUCCCAGAGAGACGUCACCUUGACCCUCCACCCCUCCAUGGGCACAAGCGAUUCAGGGUUUGACACGCCCCCCUUGUCCUAUCAGUCCUAUCAGUCAUGUCAGUCCGUCGUCAGCAGCCACAAGCCUCAGCCCCAGGGGGUGUGGGACAGACCCCAGUUUCACGUCAGUGUCCCCAGGAAUAAAAAUCCGAAUGUGUGGUCCAGUGUUGUGAUGGGGCGGAAACCCUCCGUGCCAAAUAUCCCUGCCUCUUUCUCUCCAAAGCCUAUCCCGGGCACAGCUAAGUCACUGCCGCCUUUCCCCUGGCUCACUCACGUCAUGUCAGACUCUGAUAUCCAAUACUCCCGGAGCAACAACAACAUUGGUAGCUCACAAACCCAGAAGAGCUCUGCUGCCAAGGGAGACAACCUUGCUGGCUUCUCUGACAGUGAUUCUGAUGGAAAGCCUCAAGAUCCUCUGAACUUGAGUUAUGCAGAGGUUUGCUGUAAGUGUAAGAGCUCAAUGAAGCCCCAGGGUCACUCACCCAGGGCACAGGCCAGUGGUAACAAAGAUGUGAUGAAGACGGACGUAGACACGCGUAGGUCCAAGAGCUUUAGUCAUGUUCAAGAGUCCGCCAAUCACAACAGGAGAGGAAGAGGAGGAAGGCGUGGCCGUGGGAGGGGAUACAGUCCUCAGUGGCAAGGUGGGCGUGGCUACCGAAAUGAUUGGCAGUUUGAGGGAGGUCCAAGAAGGGGGUUUGACCAGCGACAGAAGAGGGGCUCAUGGAGAGGAAGAGGACAAGGGGGGCAGAUCAGCGACAGGAAUUUUCGUCGAAGCUUCAGUGACCAAGAUGAGGCUGUUCAGCCCUCGAAUGAUCCGCCAUACAGGAGGGUGCAGAGUGGGGGUCACACUUACCACCGUAAAGACAACAGCCUGACCGGGAGUAGUAUGUCCAAGAAGUUUGCGCACUCCAAUUCGCCAGUACUCCACGAGGGUCCGGAGGAAAGUAGCAGGGAGCACAGGCAGGCUAGAGGAGACGAGGUAUUCGAGGAUGCAAAAUGGGAAAGCGUGGAAAAACGAAGACACAGGCAUCGGCACUAUCCUGACCAGCAUAGCUACAGAGAUUCUGUGGAGUCCAGAACAGAAACUGGGUCAAGGUCAGAAAUAGGGUUAAGGGCAAGGACAAACUCAGGGCCUAAACCAGACCUUGGUUCAAAUUCUAAUUUAGGGUCAAGAACAAAGUCAGGGACAAGGUUAGGGACUGAUGCGAGGGAGAAUAAAACGGGAGGUGAUAAAGGUCGUCAACAGUGUGCUGAUAGCAAAAGUUCUUCGUAAAUAAGCAAGCGGUGUUAUAUGGAAACAUUUAGCAUGUAAUGUGACUAUUGUACAUUGGAGAGGGAGUGUGCUGGAAUUUUUUACCCUUACAAGUACCCUAAUUCCUCAACCUUUCCACAUAUGACAGAGCAACUUUCAGUGCAAUUUAGGCAUAUUUACGAUUAGAUUUUGGAGACAAAACUGCAUUGGUUGGAUUCCGAAAAAAGUAUUAUUACUCUUCACGGAAUAAUGCCAGGGGAAUAUCCUUGAAUAAACAGCUUGCAAACAUGCGAAAAGGUUGACGAAUUACAGUAAGUCAUUUCUUAUUAGUAUAUCACAUGUCCAAAGUGAACAGAUUUCACACAAGUUAUUAUCUUGCCAUGUGUAGAUCAUCAAUGAAAUGUAUUAAGUGAAAAGUCUUAAAUUUGCCAGUUCACUGGCUGUUUGCAUAAAGUAAUUGCAGCCUAACUCGAUCGUAACUACCAUGGUGACACAUGUUAAAAGCAUAUGUUGCAGUGGUAUUUUUAAGUUACAGUCAACUUAGGCUACGAUGGCUUUCUGCAAUAGGCCCCUGGACAUUUGAUGUACAACAGCGUGCUGCUUGAUUAUGUUGUUUGUGUUAAACAUGCAAUGUUUUAUUAUUGCAAGUGUCUAAUGUAGAUAUUUUAAUCUGAAACAUGACUGUCCUUGUCCCGAUCUCCAUCAUUCAAGCACAUGAC